AUGCGAAAAAUGUGUCAGUCUCAUACAGUUCAGAAGAAAGAAUCAAUAUCAGAUGAGUGGUUUUCAUCAUUACAAUAUCUGAAUGCUAAAAUAGAUGAUUUAACGAUCUCUAAUUCUUUUUUAGAUAGUGCGAGUGAGUUCGGGGGAGCGAAUAAUGCAACAAUUAAUGCCCUUGGAUGGAAAGCUGAUAAGCUAUCAGACUUCGCAAUAAAAGGUAAUUCCAAACACAUUACUGAUUCAUUGGAAUGGUUUACUGAUGUACCAAUCAGUAUAAAGGAUAAGGAUGGUAAAACUGUCACAGCUACUGGAAAUUUUACUCGUAUUGAUAAUGGAGAACCUGAACUAAUGUUAUGUUUAGGUAUGAUAUGGAUUAGGAAAGUUCAAGGUGUCCUUGACCCAAAUAAAAAUCAAUUCUGA